GAGGAGAGAAAUAUUUCAGUGUGCUCAAUAUGGCCAACACCAGGUUCCUGCAGUUUCGGAGUUUUAUAACCCAGAGGUUUACGACCGCGACUGUGGAGAUAUUUGAAGAAGUUGAAAGUAUUGUGGAGGAGAUCUGCGAGGAAAACAAACGACUGCAGAACAUCUUGCACAUGGUGCUAAACCCAGAAAUAAGGUUACGCAGGAUAGAUGACGGAGAGCAGCCCCCUGAGCUGAACACUGAUGUGGACCUGGAAACAUCAGAGCCAUUGCCUAUACCUAAAGAGGAACCAAGUGAAUGUGACAUAAGUUGGGGAACAGAGCCACAUGAAGGUCCGAGGGAAGCCGAUAACUUCAUUAACCCAGAUUGUAAAAAAAAUGACCCAGAUGUAAAAGACUCCUUCCAGACUCCAGUGGUGGAGUAUCAACCCACCUCCUCAGCCUCUGUCUCAGCAAAUAAUGACAUUGACAAGGCCUCUGGAGACUUAGUCUCUGCCACAGAUUGUCUUCAGCUGUCCAUGGGUGAAGAAAGCACAUAUGAAGAUCCAGGACCUAAAAAUAAGAAGUCAUCAAAGAAAAAGAAGAAGUCAAAGCGCCCCCUGCAGAAAACUCUGCUAGAAUUUCCAAGGAUGAUGCCUUACAAAUCUUUCAUUGCUGCACCAACCGACUGCCAGUCUUUUCCUGCAAGACUCACUGAAGCCUACAAGGACAUUCCUGAUGGCAAGAAGCCUCUGAUAACCCGGAUGGGUCUCACAGAGAAUGUGGAGUUAGUAGACUGUGCUUUUGGUAAAGUCCCUAAAGGUUGCCCCCUGUCCUACCAGUGCCCUGUACCAUCAAGUCAGGAUUUCAAAAUGCAGGAUGAUGCUCCUUCUCGCCCGCUGCUUCCCAUGACUUGUCAUAGACUGGAACAAAUAUUGUCUCUUCCUACUCUCAGUAUCAAGGAGCAGGAGCAUUUAAACGUCCUGGAGAUCACUUGGGAAGAAGCCCACAGUCUGGAGCAAGCUACAUGUGAACACAAGGAGUCCAUAGAGGAGUUGAGGAAGCUGCACUUGACAACACGUUUCAGGGAGAUCUGCAAACUUAAACCAGGACAGAGUCAUUUAGAGCACCUGAUAUUCAAAAUACGAAAAGGAUUUGCGAAGUGCAAGACAACAGAGAUAGAGGAGGAAAUGAAGACUGAAGCACUUCGGAAAUACUGUCAGUAUUUGUGUGUCAACUGGUACCCCUGCGGGUUGGUUGUCCACCCGAAUGCUCCGUGGUUGGGGGCAGUGCCUGACGGGUUAGUGUACGACCCUAAAGAGAAACCCUGUUUUGGGCUGGUGCAUUUGAAAUGUACCACCCUCCGCAGCUUCAUCGAAUGCACUUUCCUGAAGUGUAAGGAUGGAGUCUUGCACCUGAAGAAGUCCCACUCAUGCUAUUGGCACAUCCAAGGUGAGAUGAUGGUGACAGGCACGUUGUGGAGUGAUUUGGUGGUCUUCUCUGGGGAAGACAUACUGGUUCAGCGUAUCUACAGAGAUGCACCAUUCACCAUCAAUCUCAUGAAGAGAAAGUUAGAUGACUUCUUUUUCUAUUGUUACCUUCCAAGUUUGUUCCGUACUAAGAAUACUGAAAUUGGUGUCACAACUUGAGUUUUUGUGGUAUCGUCACCCUGCUGUCUUACACCACAUGCUGUUCCCCUCUGGCGGAUGGUUUUGAGUUGACCAAAGGUGCCUGACUGAAGAGAUUAUUUUCAUUUUUGAUGUGCUGAUCAUUUACUUGACUGUUUGAUUAACCCUUUGGUCUACAAAAUGUCAGAAAUGAGUGAAACAUGUUCACCUACGAGCCCAACAGACAUUUAAUAUUGCUUGUUUUGACUGAAAUAGUUGUCUGAGAUAUUCAGUUUACUAAAAUACAAGAAAACCAGCAAAUGUAAACAUUUGAGAAGGUGGAACCACCAAGUGACCAUCUGGCAUUUUCUUUUAAAAAUAUUGAAAUGAUUGAUAAGUUAUCAGGUUUGUUUCUGUAGAUAAGUUAAUUGUUCAAAUACGAUUUUAAUUGUAUGCUAAAGUAUAAGAAGUACCACAAGUUCAAAAGUUGAUUCAAUUGAGUUCUGGGCAGAAGAACAACCGGUAAAUCCAGUAAUUAUAUUACUGCAGAGCACGACUUCGAGCAGAAGAUUUGAAUGUUCAGAA